GUAGUUCCUACCGCCUCCAGACGCAGGCUGAACUACCUUUCCCAGCGCACCCCGCACUUCCUGGUUACCGAGGCGCUGCUGGCGGCGGCCGAAAAGUUGGACUAUAAAGAACAUACUGAAAAAGCCCCUGUAGUUUUCCUGGGACAAUGGAGGAGUUCCGCCGUUCCUAUAGCCGGCUAUGUAAGGACAGUGGAGCUGAGCCCCAGGAAGCAGUGCUCAAGCAACUGCAUGAUUUGCGGGAGGGUCAUCGCAAGAACAAGCUGGACCUGGCCACCCAGAGCUUGUCAGUUGACACCUGUGGAGCUCUGGGGAAGCUCCUGCAAAAUGACAUCCUGUUUUCAAUGGUCCUCCUAAGUGACUGUAUGAUGAGUGAAGAAGGAUCUAAACUGCUCAUACAAGGACUUUGUUCAAACACAGUAGUCAAAUAUCUGGAUUUAAAGGGUAAUAACCUUCGAGCUAUGGGAGCUGAGGCUCUGGGCAAACUCCUCCGACAAAACAAGUCCAUUCAAAGCCUUAUUCUAGAGUGGAACAACCUGGGGAUGUGGGAAGAAAGUUUUUCUCUCUUCUGUGAGGGGCUUAGGGCCAAUACUACUCUGCAGCAACUAGACCUCCGAAACAACCAGAUCAAUCACAAGGGGGCAGAAGAGCUGGCCAUGGCCUUGAAGAACAAUUCCACUCUUCAAGAUAUAGAUCUUCGUUGGAAUAACAUUGGACUCUUGGGAGGCCGGGCAAUUGUAAAUUGUCUUUCCAACAACAAGACCCUAAGGAAGCUGGAGCUAGCUGGAAACAACAUCCCAGGGGAUGUCUUGAAAGCUGUUGAACAAGCCAUGGAUCACAACUUAGACAGGCAGGUGUCACUCCAGGAAAAUCAGAACCGGACCUAUGUGCUAAGCAAAGAAGUCCAAAACCUUAAAGAAGAGAAGUCCAAACAGUUCCUGAACCUGAUGGAUACAAUUGAUAAACAGAGAGAAGAGAUUUCCAGGAAUUGCAGGACAUCAGCAGUCCGAGUGAGUCAGCUUCAAGAGGCCCUGAAUGAGCGUCACUCCAUCAUCAACUCCCUCAAGGCCAAGCUGCAGAUGAGUGAGGCUGCCUUGGCCCUAUCUGAGCAGAAGGUCCAAGACCUGAGUGAGCUGUUGACUACUGCACAGAAGGAGCAAAUAAACUUAUCACAGCGACAGUCCAAGGAACUGCAGCUAGAGCAGCAGGUAUACUGGACGAGGGACUCAGUGAUGAUCCAGGGGAAGAUUGGGCAACAGGAAGCUGCAGAUCGGGAAUCUAAACUAUUGAAAGAAGUGGCUUCAUCCAAUGAAAGAAAUAUGCUUCUUCGUAGCCAGGUGGAUGAAUUAGAGCGAAAGAGCAAGACUCAGCAGGAGCGGCUAUUCCUUACAAAACAGGAACUGACCAACAUAACUUCGGAGCUGAAGCUACGAUUAACUCAGGCUGAGGAGCGCCUGGAAAUGGAGAAGAGGAGAUUCAAACAAAGCUUAGAAGAUUCCGAAAACCUCCGACUAAAAGAGGUAGAACACUUGACUCGUCGAAUGGAGGAGAGUGAACGAUCCUUACAAGAGAGGAUACAAAAGCUGGAGACAGUACGAAUCUCCCUGGAGGAGGAGGUGAACCGAGUGAAGAAAGCCAUAUUGGCUGAGCGAAGUCAGGCAGAGGAGGAGAUGAUAAAAGCCAAGAGCCAAGUGCGCCUGGAAAUGCAACAGCGAGUGACUCAUCUGGAAGAGAAAAUACGGCUGAUUUCCCAGGCUCGGGAUGAAGCUCAGGAAUACUGCCUCCAGCAGAAACAAGCUGUGACUGAAAGCCAGACCAAGAACAACCAGAUGGGCCUUCAGAUGGAAGCUGUGAGGCGACAGCUAGAGGAGCUGCAGAAGGAGGUGAGAGACAAGGAACAGGAGAAGGUGGCCGAAGUGAAUAAGGUGCGAGUGGAGUUGCAGGAGCAGAUCGGCCACCUGCAGGCAGAGAGGACAGCCCAGGAAGGUUUAAAGGAGAAGAUUGCAGCCCUGGAAAGGCAGAUCAAAGUGAUGUCAAGCAGCCACCGGGAGGCUCUGCUGGACAAAGAGAGUGAGAAUGCUUCUAUCAGGGAAAAGCUGAGGCUCAAGAGUGCUGAGAUCAACAGGCUGCGGGAGGAGGAGGCCCAGCGAGCAAGCUUCCUACAGAACGCCAUCUUGGCUUAUGUACAGGGCUCUCCCCUGGGGACUCCAAAACCCGACAAGUAAUAAGAGUUAAGGGAGAUUUGGGACUGGGUAUAAAGCAGAGGGAAUGGUGACAGCAAGACAAAAGGAGCUCAGCUCUGCUUGCCUAUGAGACAUCCUCCAUCUCCUUAGGUCCUCCUUGGAACCUAAGAUGAAAAGUACAGAAUGAGACCUUCCAGAGCAUUUGAGGAUUCCUGGUGGAAGUACAGUUGAUGCUAGAGAACUACUAUCAAGGGAAGUGGGAAAUCUGGGUUUCUCCCAACUUUCUUCCCUUCCUUCACCUCUUUCACACAAGGCAAAAUGGCUUUCCUAUCCCAUCUCCAACUUAAAGCAACACUGAUGACCGAGGAGAAUGGAGGCUACCAUGCUGUGUUUUUUGAAAAAUGCAUUUUAGAUGUGAUUUGAAUUCAUUGUCCCAAAGGAAUUUCCCCAGUCUAGGUCUAAGUGAAAAGUCUUGGCUGGUCAGUGCCCACUGUGUCAGAAGUAAAUCCACUGGCAUUGCCUUUGUUUAUAAGGCAGAUCAGCUAACCGAAUGCUCCCUGGGAUCCAAGGACUUAACAGUUCCCUUCUCUGCCCUUUGCUAUAGCUCAAAGGAAAUGUGAGAUGUGCUUCAGACAUCUCUACUCCAAAUGUUCACAUGGACUAUUUGUACUUGCUCUAUGGUGGGAAUCUUCUAAGCUCAUAUUGGUCUUUUCAGCCACGUCAACACAUUGUAUCUUGACCCUGACAUAUUGAUGUCAUUUUGGUCCUCUUUGAGCACCAAGGGCAGCCACCAAUCUUUGCCCCUCCAACCUAUUUUGAGAAUCAUGUGCCUUAAAGAGAGUGCUGGAAGAUGACAGGAAACCUGGAGCAGAACUAAAUUUGAACUCUGCAGAUAUCUCUGCCCAAGAGCUAGCUGGGGGUUUAUGUGUGUGUGUGUUUGUGUGUGCCUAAUGGUGUGCCAGUUACAAAGCAGAUAAUGUUAUGAACACUCUUAAAAUUGAACCUUGAGACUCACUCAGUGGACAUUGUUUUGCAUGCUGUUGGGGGCCCAGCCCUACAGCUAGCAUGGUGAUUUUUUUAAUUGUUUGGCAUGUUUUUGAAAUACAGAGCUUGUGCAUUUCAUGAUA